AAAAAAUGAAAGUGAGGCAGGAUGAAGGAGCUGUGCGGUCUUGUCCUUUAAAGGGCUACCGCCGCCUGAGCGUGGACAUCGAGGCCAUGCGAGACACACGUAGGGAAGUCCGGGACAAGUGGAGGACCAUCUUGGAGAACCUUGGCUUCAUGGCCGAGGCCGACUCGCUGCUGACCGUGUCGGCCGGCGCCUCGCUGGACCGCAUGCGCAAUGCCGCGGCAGCGCGCUCUCUCCUACAGACGCUCCACACCGAGACAUCGCUCUUUAGCAGCAGGGAGCUGCCGCCGGAGAGAUACCUCUUCAUUCUGGAUCGCUUGCUGUACCUGGACAUCGCCGAGGACUUUGUGGCCAAGGCCAGGCGCUUCUUCCCGCCCCGGGACAACUCGGACGAUGAGGACGAGCCUUCCGGCGCCAUCAACCUUCCGCUGCUGCUGGCCCGCGUGGAGGCCAUGAACGGCGGCCUUAACGAUGACGACAGUGGGGGGAGUCUGGAGAAGCCCUGAAGGGUUGUAGUACCUCCAGACACCCGGCAGGGGGCGGCAUACUUCAAGGUUAAAUAUUCGCUGUAAGGUUGAUAAUCAUCAGGGCGUCCUAUGAGCAUCACAUGACUAGACAACCAGUUGCCUAUCCAAACAGCUGACUCGCUCAAGUAUGUUUGGAGAAUAGAAACAAGUCAACUGUUUGCACGCUGCUCUCUGUCUUUGGCCUGUUCACAAUGAUAACAAAUAAAAGUUGCAAGCCUUUCGGAGUCCAUCCUGAGUCCGCGUCA